AUGGAAUCCAAUGAUGCACAAGCAGCUGCGGAAUUGGGAUUCAGACGAACUGACAAUCGAUACAGCGAUCACAAAGCUAUUGCUUAUGAACAUGAGGGAACCUUCGAAAUCGACGGACGGGGCGGAGAACGGAUCAACAAAAUAAUGAGAUGGUGGUUGAAAGGCGUGAUGGUGGGGUUGACGAUACAAACAAAUCGUGACCGGGAACAUGAAUUUCUUGGUUCGAUUGUUAAGAGCCAAAACUGCGAUGGUCUAGAAUGUGGUACUGAGGAACCUGGAAAUCGUACUAUCGUGGGCUUUUGGGCAAGAAUGGACACGGAAGAAGGAUUUGAGAAUUUGGGACUUGUACUCUGCUAG